AUGAAAUAUAUUGUGAAUUUUCUUGACCUUUACAUAUAUAAAGAUAGACAUGGAGCACUAGGUUAUAUGUUAUAGAAGGAAGCUGCGAUUGAUUAAACAUCGAAUCAUUCAAGUCAGCUUGAUAAUGGGAACAUGAUACAGAUGAGAUAGAUUAAACGGAAUAUUGAAAUUUCUACGUUUGAUUACAUCUAUAUGUAUACCAGCAGAUGUUAGAAUAGAUGGUUUGUAUUUUAAUAUCAUCUUUUCAGAUAGUAUGGAAGUGAAUAUGAAAAUAUGUAGCUGUUAUUUACUAUAUAUAUCGUGAUUACGGAGAGGUCAGGAAGGAGAUCUGAAUGAGGGACACCCACCUAAAACAUGCAUGGUGCUUACAAAUGUUCAUUAGUACACGUGCUUUGUCUUCUUGGCUUUCAUCUACAUAACACAGGCAGUAAUCGAGUUCCAGAUGAGCAGUUGUUAUUCCAAGACUUGAUGGUAGGAUAUGAGAAGUCGGUUCGUCCAGUUGUCAACUCUUCGUCUGUCUUAACUGUAACAAUAGGUCUAAAGCUCAAUCAAAUUGUAGACUUGGAUGAAAGAUAUCAAGUCUUAACAACGAAUGUAUUCAUUGAUCAGGAAUGGAGAGAUGAACAUUUAAUGUGGGAGCCUAAUCAGUAUAACAAUGUAAAGUCGUUACGAAUACCAACUAAACAAGUUUGGUUACCAGACACGUUUAUAUAUAACAACGCUGAUGACGGAUCCACCGGAUUUAUGCAGGGAACAUACAUACUAGUGACUUAUGAUGGGACUGUCUUGUGGCCAGUUCCAGUUAAACUAAAGAGUUCCUGUAAAGUUGAUAUAACAUAUUUCCCUUUUGAUGACCAAGAAUGUAUACUACGUUUUGGUUCAUGGAUUUAUAGCGGAAAGUGGAUGGACUACCAGUCUACAAGUAAUGCUACUCCGAUAGACCUUACCUCCUAUGUUAACAACAGUGAAUGGGACCUGUUAUCGGUCACACUACGUAAAAAUAUCCGGCGACAUUCCUGUUGUCCGGAUCCUCAUCCAGAUUUAACUUACAUUUUACAUAUCAGACGUAAAACAUUUUACUACAUAUUCAAUAUUAUUGUUCCAUGUGUUAUGCUAUCAAUUUUGACAUUAUUGACAUUUUGGCUACCACCUACUUCCGGUGAAAAGAUCACACUUGGUCUAUCUGUUUUCUUAGCUUUUUCCAUGUUUAUGCUUUUAAUAGCCGAGGAAGUACCUGCAACAUCCGAAGCUGUACCACUCAUAGGAAUAUACCUUUGUGUUGUUAUGACAAUGACAUCAUUGUCUGUAAUAAUGGCAGUUAUGGUUAUCAACCUUUACAAUCGUGGAAUAAAAACCAAACGAGCGCCUAUGUGGUUAAGGAUAUUUGCUUUGAGAUGGAUGUCAAAACCAUUAUUCCUGAAGCAUGAUCUGUAUAAGAUUGCCAGCACCAUUUCUCUUGAAGAAGAAAAAGAGGGUUUAUAUCUAUGUAAAAAACAUAAAAUUCAAAACCAAAAACCUUCAAAAUGGAAAUCAGUAUCAGAUGAUAAUCAAAUGAUGGUUCCGUCAUCGUCCUCCGUAAGAUUUAGGAAUAGAGGCAAGUCAGACACAGCAUCAAACGAAGCAGACGUUGAAUUAGAAGAAACAAUCUGGCUCAAGAAUGACGAAAUUCACGAACAUUCCAGUCAGUUGAGAGAAACAGAGUAUACCACAAAUCGGUCAAUAAACAAUAAUAAGAAGGAAUCAAAAUUUAUUGAAUCAAAUACACAAAUAAAGGAAGUUGUUAUUAGACCAGAUGCUGAGGUUGAACUUAAUCUAAACGCUAUUCAGUGCAAAACCCGUAACGAGUUAGUGAAACGAAAAUUCAUUGUAGCAGAAUGGCAGAGGAUAGCCACCGUUGUCGAUAGAGUAUUAUUUUGGUUCUAUUUCCUUGGGACGCUAGCAUCAUAUCUUAUAAUACUCGUUUUUGUUCCAAACUCAAAAUAUUCAGAAUGGAGUGAUGCCAUAGAUGAUGUCAAUGAUAUUGAUAUUGAAACGAAGUGAUCGACAGUUUAUUCGUACGCUUUAUACUAUAAAUCGAAAGAUAAACCAAUUAAAGAUAUUAAAUUUC